CAGACGCGGAGCCUGCUUAGCGAUUCCCUUUCCCAAGUAAUAAUAACAUCAACAACAGCAGCGGCAGCCACGGUAGUGAUGUGCGGAGGAAAUUGGAUCAGGAAAUUAGUCACGGUCUCCCUGUCAUGUCUGAGCCACAGAGAUGGGCAAGAUCGAGAGCAACGAGAGGGUGAUCCUCAAUGUCGGGGGCACCCGGCACGAGACCUACCGCAGCACCCUCCGGACCCUGCCCGGCACGCGCCUGGCCCUGCUCGCCGCCUCCGAGCCUGCGGGCGACUGCCUGACGGCGGCCGGCGCCCCCCCGCCCCCGCCGCCCCCGCCCCCGCCGCGGCCCCUGUCCCCCGGGCCCGGCCCCUGCAGCCCGCGGGGCGCCGGCGGGGGCGGGGGCGGGGGGGGUCGCGAGUUCUUCUUCGACCGGCACCCGGGCGUGUUCGCCUAUGUGCUCAACUACUACCGCACCGGCAAGCUGCACUGCCCGGCCGACGUGUGCGGGCCUCUCUUCGAGGAGGAGCUGGCCUUCUGGGGCAUCGACGAGACGGACGUGGAGCCCUGCUGCUGGAUGACCUACCGGCAGCACCGCGACGCCGAGGAGGCGCUCGACAUCUUCGAGACGCCCGACCUCCUAGGCGGCGACCCCGGCGACGACGACGACCUGGCGGCCAAGAGGCUGGGCAUCGAGGACGCCGCGGGCCUGGGGGGCCCCGACGGCAAGUCCGGCCGCUGGCGGAGGCUGCAGCCCCGCGUGUGGGCGCUCUUCGAGGACCCCUACUCGUCCAGAGCCGCCAGGUUUAUUGCUUUUGCUUCUUUAUUCUUCAUCCUGGUUUCAAUCACAACAUUUUGCCUGGAGACACACGAAGCUUUCAAUAUUGUUAAAAACAAGACAGAACCAGUCAUCAAUGGCACGAGUGUUGUUCUGCAAUACGAAAUCGAAACGGAUCCUGCCUUGACGUAUGUAGAAGGAGUGUGUGUGGUGUGGUUUACUUUUGAAUUUUUAGUCCGUAUCAUUUUUUCCCCUAAUAAACUUGAAUUCAUCAAAAAUCUCUUGAAUAUCAUUGACUUUGUGGCCAUCCUACCCUUCUACUUAGAGGUGGGACUCAGUGGGCUGUCAUCCAAAGCUGCUAAAGACGUACUUGGCUUCCUCAGGGUGGUAAGGUUCGUGAGGAUCCUGAGAAUCUUCAAGCUCACCCGCCAUUUUGUAGGUCUGAGGGUGCUUGGACACACUCUUCGAGCCAGUACUAAUGAGUUUUUGCUGCUGAUAAUCUUCCUGGCUCUAGGAGUUUUGAUAUUUGCUACCAUGAUCUACUAUGCCGAGAGAGUAGGAGCUCAACCUAACGACCCUUCAGCUAGCGAGCACACGCAAUUUAAAAACAUUCCAAUUGGCUUCUGGUGGGCUGUGGUGACCAUGACCACCUUGGGCUACGGGGAUAUGUACCCCCAAACGUGGUCGGGGAUGCUGGUGGGAGCCCUGUGUGCCCUGGCUGGGGUGCUGACGAUAGCCAUGCCUGUGCCGGUCAUCGUCAACAACUUUGGAAUGUACUACUCCUUGGCUAUGGCGAAGCAGAAACUUCCAAGGAAGAGAAAGAAGCACAUCCCUCCCGCCCCCCAGGCAAGCUCGCCUACCUUUUGCAAGACAGAAUUAAACAUGGCCUGCAACAGCACACAGGGUGACCCCUGUCUGGGCAAGGACAACCGGCUUCUGGAACAUAACAGAUCAGUGUUAUCAGGUGACGACAGUACAGGAAGUGAGCCGCCAUUAUCACCCCCAGAAAGGCUCCCCAUCAGACGCUCUAGUACCAGAGACAAAAACGGAAGAGGGGAAACAUGUUUUCUACUGACGACAGGUGAUUACACGUGUGCUUCUGACGGAGGGAUCAGGAAAGGAUAUGAAAAAUCCCGAAGCUUAAACAACAUAGCGGGCUUGGCAGGCAAUGCUCUGAGGCUGUCUCCAGUCACAUCACCCUACAACUCUCCUUGUCCUCUAAGGCGCUCCCGAUCUCCCAUCCCAUCUAUUUUGUAAACCAAGCUGCAGCAGUCGGCUAAGUUGUAUGGAUUCACGUGCUGGUUACCCCUCCUCGAAGAGAAUUAAAAGUAGAGUCACUCCAGGCUCCAUUAGACACAGUUUAAAUCCUGCAUGACACUGCUAUUUGAAGUCAGACGCCACUCGGGUAGCUAACACAUCUCACCCCGGCUUACAGAUCUCCUACAGUAGUGCUACUCCUCCACCUUAAUGACCCCGGUCUCCUUUCGCAAUAAGAUGACCGUCGGGGUCACACCGGCCAACACCGACACAUAAACCUGUCUUCAGGGAGAUACAUUUAACCGUGUGCUUCCAAAUGCCCAUCACGUCAUUGGACCUUCGUUUCUCGGGACCCUAAACCAUUCGGAAGACAUUUGGGAUCCUAUCUUGAUCGCACACCACAUGACCUUGCUCAGCUCAUCUGCACGGACCGCCUUGUCUCCAUCGCCCGAGAGCCAGGUCACAGAGCCCGGGGACGUGGAUGGCUCAGGAUCCAUGUCCAUGCACCCACCAUCCUGCUGACACGCAAGCCCUGGUCCACUGUCCUGCGUGUGGGAUUGUGGGGCGGGCAGGGCCAGUUUCUCCUUGGCAUCUUUUUCGUUUCUUUUCUUUUUUCUUUCUCCCUAAUUCUUUGAAAGAAAUAUUUGCUUUAAUAAUGUCUUGAUUUACUUUUCUUCAAAAAUGCUGUACUGGCGUUCUGGAUGUUUGCGCCCAGAUAACUGCCAAGAGGUUGUUACUGGUCACACGCGCUGAGGCCAGAUCUCUCAAGGGCUCGGGGAGGGCAGGACACAGGACGGAAAGGGAACUGCCAGCCAGGCCUGCACGGUGUCACU